GAUCAAGUCCAAAACUCAAAAAAUAAACAAGUAAGAUAUAUUUACUGUUAUAUCAAGUAAAAACAAAGCAACUAUUAUUAGUAAACAAAAACAAACUCAAAAACAAGAAUCUCCCCUGAAGAUACUCAAACAACGUUUUUUUUAAUCAAUCUUAUAAUCUGUAUUUUACUUAGUCUUCUUUACUAGAGAAAUAUCCGGCUUAUAUACCAGACUACUUCUCCUUCUUCCCUUCUCUCAUUUCCCAAAAACCAUUAACACACAGACACACUAACGCACACAUCUCUCAUUUUCAAAAUCCUCAUUUUCAUUUCUCAAUUCUCCAGAGUCUCUUGUUCUGUUCCCAUCGAAUGAGCAAUACAAAACACAUCCACAAAGGGUUACAGGAGAGGCUUUUAGAUCUUCUCUUGAUCGCUCUUAUAGUUUACAUGACUCUUAAAGGCGGCACGAGUGGGGCUUGUGCCGCGUGCAAGUACCAACGUAGACGCUGCGCCGCGGACUGCCCCCUCGCGCCUUACUUCCCAGCCGAACAACCGAAACUUUUCCAAAACGUUCACAGGCUAUUCGGCGUAAGAAGUAUCGUCAAGAUCCUCGAAAAACUAGACGAAACUCAGAAACCAGAAGCAAUGAAAUCAAUCAUCUUCCAGUCUUAUGUCCGUGACCGUUCUCCUGUCCACGGUUGCCUCGGCGUCACGCAACAACUUCAAUACAUGAUCUGGUUUGCUGAAGAAGAACUCAAAGCUGUCAAUUCUCAAUUACAACUAUAUCGCUCUCAACCACAAAACGGUCAAAAUCAAAACCAAAACCAUAAUCAUAAUCAGAUGAUUCAUGAGCUUGGUAGUGAUCAUAAUAAGCAGCAAGAAGAUGUUACAUCGCAGCAGCUUGACUUGGGUAUGGGACUUAACGUUAACAAUAAUCAGAGCAAUGUCGUUACACCAUUCUUUAGUUCAUUAUUACCAGUUUCCGAAACACAACAGCCACAAAUGUCUUACACUUAUAGCUGCAGUGAGGUUAACAACAAUGGCUAUAGUCCUCCUGCUUAUAAUACAGAUUCGGGCAAGGAGAUUCUGACCAACAAUAACAAUGUUUGGGGUGAUCAGAAUCGAUUUCUGUAUAACAACAACAAUGGAGGAGGAUACAGCAACCAAAACGAGAGCUGUCAUGAGAUGAAGAGUAACGGUGUAAUGGCAAUACAAUCACAGCUCGUAAAUCUGCAAAUGGUAUCAAAUCAUCAGCGAGUGGAAGAAGAAGAAGCUGAUCAUGAAUACGAUGAACUCCAUCAGUUUCUUGAUAUCAUUGACGAUAGGCAAUCAUUUGGGGAUUCUAAAGAAGCGUAGGCCUCAAGCUCUGGUGGAUCGUUGAAGGAACAGAUUGAUGAAAUUGGAGAGAAUGAAUUGAGAAGUGCAGCUACUUGUUUCAGUCUAACCAGUGUGAAUAAUUGAAUUGAUUUCUCAAUUCGUGAUCCCUAAUUAUGCUCUCGAAAUUUUGUUAUACUUUUGUUGACAUUUUAUUAUUAUCUUUUAGUCAGAGACUUAAAGGUUAUGAAUUCAGAGUUUCUCUAAUUUUAAUAAUAUAUCUUUUUGG